CACACACACACACACACACACUCCAACACAUCCCCCUCCCCUCUCAUUGUACUUCGCUUUCCUUUGCUCACUCUCUUUCUACAACAAACAUGGCCGCUAAAUCGGAUGGAGCAGCCGUGUGUGUGAGCGAGAAUGAGGAGGAUUCGCGGUGUCUGGUUGGCCCGGAGCAGAGCGCGGCUCCCCCGCACCCUCACGCAGACAAGCGCUUCUCACCGCUGGACUUCUGCUGGGUGCUUUGCGCCCUCCUGGUUUUCUUCUCCGACGGAGCCACCGACCUGUGGCUGGCAGCGGACUACUACCUGAGGCGGGACUAUUGGUGGUUCGGGCUCACGUUGGUCUUCGUGGUGGUUCCCUCCGCUGUGGUUCAGGUGUUGAGUUUCAGGUGGUUCGUCUACGAUUACACGGAGAUGAGCGCGUCCCCGGGCGGGGAUGGAUGCAAUUUCAGCACCAAGGGCAGCGAUCAGCGCAGCGGCGGAGCGCGCACCGUGCCCGCGAACGGCACGAGAAAAUGCUGUAAAGCGUGCAUGUGGAUCUUUCAGUCCGUCAUUCACAUCUUGCAGAUCGGUCAGGUCUGGAGGUAUGUCCACACCUUGUAUCUCGGAGUGCAGAGUCGUUGGCAUGCUGGCCCCGGUCAGCGUCACUUCUACUGGCGGCUGAUGUUCGAGAGCGCUGACAUCAACAUGUUGCGGCUGCUGGAGGCUUUCCUGAAGAGCGCUCCUCAACUCGUUCUUCAGCUUAGCAUCAUGAUCCACAGCAACCACAUACUGCCACUGCAGGGUCUCUCUGCAUCAGCCUCCUUGGUUUCUCUUGCCUGGAUGAUCGCUUCAUACCAGAAGAUUCUGCGUGACUCUCGUGACGAUAAGCUCCCCAUGUCCUACAAGGCCGUGAUUGUCCAGAUGCUCUGGCACCUCUUCACCAUCGGUGCUCGGACCAUCGCCUUCGCCCUCUUCGCCUCUGUCUUCCAGCUCUACUUCGGGAUCUUCAUCGUGGCCCACUGGUGUGCCAUGACCUUCUGGAUCAUCCAGGGUGAGACCGACUUCUGCAUGUCCAAGUGGGAGGAGAUCAUCUACAACAUGGUGGUGGGCAUCAUCUACAUCUUCUGCUGGUUCAACGUGAAGGAAGGCCGCGCCCGAUUCCGGUUGGGCGUGUACUACUGCGUGACCUUGAUUGAGAAUGUCGCACUCACCGCCGCUUGGUACAUCCACAGGGGACCUCACACCUCGGACUUCUACUCCCUGAUUAUUGUGUGUGUUGUUGUGUGUAGCUAUGCGUUAGGAACGUUCUUUAUGUUUGUGUAUUAUUGUUUGCUCCACCCAGAUGGUCCCAUCCUGGGCACUCAGUGGAGCUGCGUGGAGGAGGGAAUGGGGGUUAUCGGACUGGGUGGCAUUGGGGAUUUGGGGACACCCCUGCCUCAGCCAGAUGUAGUUACCAGCCCACCCAGAACGCUUCAGAGGACUACUGGUGGGGAUCGGGAGAUAGGAGCCGGGGACAGAGACAGCUGCCAACCUGUGUUUCAGGUAAGGCCUCCCACCGUUCACCCAGCUCCUUCCCCACGUCCCCCAAGAACUGAGGGCCCCGUCAUCCGCAUCGACCUGCCAAGAAAAAGGUACCCGGCCUGGGACGCUCACUUUAUCGAUCGGAGGCUGAGGAAGACCAUCCUGGUGCUAGAGAACACGUCUCCUGUGACGCCUCGCAUCCAGUACCACACCUUCAGCGACCCCAAAGAAGUGACAGAGUAUGAGACUACGGUGUAGUGUUGUUCAUACCUCCCACCACCAGGGGGCUCCACCUUCCACGUGACAUCUCUAUGCAGAGGUGGGACUCGGCUGACAGACGACGCCGUGAGUUUACGUUGCGAUCCCGAUGGUCAGCAUGGUGCUACACAGUGGGACGUCUGCACGUUCGGCAUUGAAAAUGCACAAUUGCAAAUGCACUGCAAGCAUGAUGGGAGUAUGUGCCGUUUACAUGAACAGACCUGCACAGAAAGGGAUUUUUGGAGAGGGACUUGCCUUUCUACAUACUGUAUGCACUGAAUGUUGGUAAUGAGUGCGGAAAGUAGACACGUGUAAUGUAAAAAAUAUAGAUGAACAGACCAAUGAGCAUUGCUCAGGACCGGCCUGAAUACUGCAUUGGUCGAAAAGUUUAAUGUUUCAGUGAUCUGAAUACAGUACAAAUCAUGUAUUAUUUGCUUCUGUGAAUGGUGAGGUUAGCGAGUUCAAUCGAUCAUCCAUUUCCUCGAAAAAGAGUACUUCAGUAAUUAUUGAUCGACUGACUUAUUUAUUUAUUUAUUAGAUUUAUUUUUUAUGACUCUGUGACCAUGUCUUUGAUAUACUUCUAAUUGAAUAUUCAUAUAUAGAUAUUAUCUUUUGUUAUACUGUAUGUAUAUAAUAGAAUGGUGCCAGUGUUUUGGUAUGAAUGUUUUUGGGUUGUCUGUGUGUCUGACUGGUUAUGGGUCAUGCUGUAUUGUUUAUCUGUUAAGAUAAAUGAAAAAAAGUCAUAUUAUAAGACAAAAAGCUGUGAUCAAAUUGUAGUUGGAAAAAAUGUAAAAAAAUGACGACAUGACA